AUGGAGUCAUUGUUGAUCAUAAACUUAGGUUGGAAUAGCUUAGCCGGUCCAAUUCCUCAAGCCCUUCGCGAUAGAGAAAAGAAAGGCCUGAAAUUGACUACUCAAGGAAAUCCAAAUCUUUGUCUCUCCGGCUCAUGCAAUAAUAACAAGAAAGUCUUAGUACCAGUUAUCGCAUCGGUUGCUUCAGUCCUGGUUCUUAUCGCCUUGCUGGUUCUCUUUUAUAUUUUCAGAAAGAAAAGACCCCUAUCAGAAGGCACAGCUGGUACACGAGAGUUACCAAGAAAGUCAUCAAUCUUUUCCAAAAAGAAAAGGUUCACUUAUUCAGAAGUAGUAGAACUUACGGACAACUUCAAAAGAGUUCUAGGAGAAGGAGGAUUUGGAGUUGUCUACCACGGUUCUUUGAGUGAUACCGAACCCGUAGCUGUUAAAGUUCUCUCGGAGUCAUCAGUUGAAGGUUAUAAGGAAUUUAAGGCAGAGGUGGAGCUUCUUCUAAGAGUUCAUCACCUAAACUUGGUAAGCCUUGUUGGUUACUGUGAUGAAGGAGGUCACUUGGCACUUAUCUAUGAGAACAUGGAAAAUGGAAACCUUAAACAACAUUUAUCAGUACAAUCUGCUGGAUCUACUUUGAAAUGGGCUAGUAGACUAAAAAUAGCUGUGGAGGCAGCACAAGGUUUAGAAUACUUGCAUGUGGCAUGCGAGCCGCCAAUGGUUCAUAGAGAUGUAAAAAGUAAAAAUAUACUAUUAGACGAUCGGUUUGACGCCAAACUUGCGGAUUUUGGGCUUUCAAGAUCAUUUUCCGUUGGAGCUGAAACUCAGGUAGCAACAGUAGUGGCAGGAACGUCGGGAUAUCUUGAUCCGGCAUACUACCAAAGAAAUAGGUUAAAUGAGAAGAGCGAUGUCUACAGUUUCGGUAUCAUACUUAUGGAAAUCAUAACAAACCGAUCUGUGAUUGAGCGAACUCGAGAAAAAACUCAUAUAGCAGAAUGGCUAAAGGUUCUUAUAAGCAGUGGAGAUAUUGAGAAAAUCGUUGACCCAAACCUUGGUCGAGAUUAUGACUCUAAUAUAGCCUGGAAGAUUCUUGAACUAGCAAUAUCAUGCGUGAGUCAUUCUUCAUCUGAUAGACCAAACAAGUCGAAAGUUGUGAACGUGCUUAAAGAGUGUUUGGUCUCUGAGAAUUUGAGGACAAGAGGAGAGAUUCAAGAUGAUGACUCAAAGAACUUCUUACAAUUGACUGUUGAUUUCGGGACACAAGUGACCCCUGCUGCACGCUAG